CAAAAUGACAGGAGCAGGAAUCAGCCCCGCUGCCAUUGUUAGCCAUCACAAAGCUUUUAGAGCAGUGUUAGAUUGGAAGAAAGAUUCAUUUCAAGUCCUCCACGACUACUUGAAAUGGCAAGGCGGUCUGGCGCAUGUCGACGUGCACGGCAACACGAUUCUCCAUUUUCUGGCCAUCAACGGCAAUGAAUCUGCUUUCGAAGAACUCUCUGUCCUGUUGAGCAGCGAAAUGCUGAAGAAAGGGAACUUGAAAGGCGACACGACCUUGCACGAAGCCGCGAGGUUUGGGCGACGCAAAGUCGUAGGAAUCAUAUUGAAGAAGGAUGAAGGCUUGGCUUUGGCACGCAAUAGUUUGGGCGAGACGCCGCUUUACGUUGCCGUUGCAUCAGGGAAGAAAGAUGUGUUCGAUUGCUUGAUGGAACUAAACAAGGACAACGUAACAACACCGAGACAUGACGGCUGCACUAUCCUUCACGCCGCCGUCAUCGGAGAAUAUUAUAGUCUAGCAUUGGAGAUAGUGAAAUCAUUUCCAAAUCUUGCUCAAGCACAGGAUCAGAAAGGAUUAACUGCACUGAAUCUGCUAGCCAGCAGACCUCAUUCCUUUAAAAGCCGGUCAGCAUAUUCAUUCCUAAGUCUUGGAAGUAGAUCUUACAUCCCGGUGCAACUUAUUCGCUGUUUGAUCUAUCUUUGCAUUCCACCAAUGGAUAAUAGAACGUCGUCUUUGUGGCUAAUCAAACUAACAUCGGGGUACAGAAGAGUGCUUAGAGUUUACAAUUUGCUUAGAGGAGUUGAUGAUAUAAAGCAAAAGCAUACAUUGGCAGUAUUGCUAGCCAAAAGAUUAAUUGGAGAUGAAGAAGAUUGGAGCCGUUACACUUACGGUGAAAGAACAAUGGAACCAUGUAAUAGAAUGAGAAAUCCGCUAAUUCAGGCGGUAGAAAACAGCAUUGAAGAGUUGGUAGCGGAAAUACUAGAAAAAUUCCCAGAUGCAGCCUAUACAGUGGACGAGAAUGGAAAGAACGUACUGCAUAUAGCAGUGGAGAAGAAAGAUAAAAGACUCUAUGACUACUUGAAGACAAAAGUUCACGAGGAUGUGAUGCUAACAGCCAUUGACAACCAGGGAAACACCAUUCUGCAUCUUGCAACAAAAGAAGGAAAUGGUCCUAGAAUUGUUCUUGAUUAUAUGAACCAGAUGGCAUGGGACGUAUGCUGGUUUAAGCGGAUAUGGUAUGAUUCUCCCCCUAAUUUCCAAUACCACCGCAACAUUGAUGGGAAGACGGCAAUUGAACUGUUUCAAAAAAAUCAUGUUAGCUUACGAGAAAACGCUGAGAAAACACUCAAAGAUAUGAACAAUGGGUUGAUGUUGGUUGCUACUCUUAUUGGCGCUGUCAACUAUGCAACAUUGUUUACCAUCCCUGGAGGUUUUGUUGACGAUAACAAUAGUGCGAGUUUUGGUCGUCCAAAGUUUUUUAGCACCAAGAAAGAAGAUCAAGUUCUGUCAUUCUUGUGGUACACUGGGGUAGCUCUAUUUAGCGCUCUAAUUGCCUUGACUGUCAUGCUUUUGAUUCAGUUGUCGAGGUUUACCAAUAACGACUUCUUCAUGAUCUUGCCAGUGAGAUACCUUGGUUCUCUGGCUGCUCUAUUUAUCUCCACCAUCUUCACAAUUGCAGCUUGUGCUCAGGCCUACGUUAUCAUCGAAAUAAAUGUCAACCCAUACAAAGCAAUGUGGCCAGCCAUAGGUUUCCUAAUCUUUAUUUCAAUGGACGUAGUGUACCGGACCUUUCAUUACCUGUAUUUUGCUUUUUGUUGUUCUGUUUUAUUUGCUGGCCGAGAAGUAGCAUACAUCUAAGCCCUUUCAUUUUCUUUUUCUUGGAUAGCAUUAAUUUCUUGAAAAA